AUGUCGGUAGCAGCGAACGCGGCAGCUGUAAGCGGUAGGGCCUUGGCAGUAUCGGAUGGACCACUGUCUGUGUCAGAAACCACAGCCAUUGCUGGCGACCACCACGACGGCUCGCCACCCUCGUCCUCGCAAGGCAACUGCGGCAGCUCUGAAAGUGCUUCGAGCGAUGCUACGACUAGGAAAGAGCCGCGCUACAAGACUUCCCGCAGCAACGCUACUCCUGCAAGCGAGCGCGACACUGUUGCCGCCGCUGGCAGCAUCUCAACACCUACAGGAAUGGUGGAGGCACCAGGCUUGGGUAGGACGGUGACUUUGGAAGGUGAGUCAGCGCUCCAAUCUCAGUGUAUCGGGCAGUAAGGAUGCAGGCGCGCUAUGCUCGAUUGCGCGAAUCGGGUCUGUCCGCACGGCCGCUGGAAGUGGUCUCACAAUGUCGGGCUCUGUGCAUACGUGCUGACUGCUGACCACUGCAUCGCCACCUUCAGAUGCCAAGCGAACGCUGCAGGGCCGCGCCUCUGGCCGAACAGAGUCAACUGGCGUCGUGAAUCCGCGCAAGGCCCACCAGACUCUGGACCAAGCUGGAGGUACCGGCUCAUCUAGCGCUUCUGGUGGCAUUGUGACGCAACGUCACGCGGCUCUUCAAGCAAGAGAGGCUGCUGCUCGCCUCCUCGACAUGAUCAAGUGUGCAGCUUGUGGUCAAACUUUCCGCGACCCGGUCACUCUACCAUGUGGCCACAGCACCUGCAUGGGCUGCGUUUUGGAGCGCGUGAACGAGGACCGCACCAUGACCACGAUGCCUUGCUCAAGUCAUGUGCCGCCGCGUUUGCCUCUCUGCGCAACUGCCGUGCCCUGCUCGGUCUCCGGAUGUCAACGUUCUGCCAUCGGCCGAGGUUUGGGGGUUUGGGCGGGGCAUCAAGCACGUUGGGGCCCACCUUCCGCAUCGCAGUCUGCAUCGGAAGCAGGUCUUUCAGCUCGCGUGACCAACGAGGGUCCAGGCUUCGUGCCCCUAGACGGCUUCGUCAUUGCUCAGCCCGACCAGUCCGUCGGUCUCACCGUUGUGCCACCUCAGAGGAAGGGCGACGAAGCAUCAUACACUGCAUCGCCCCUUACCCUCGCGAGCGGCGGUCGUUCGUCCGGAGACAGCCUUCGUCUUGAUGUCACCUUGUCGAAAGCUAUCGAUGCUCUGCGGCGCUAUGCACACAUCCCUCUCGCGCCCGAUCCUUCCUCAGAAGCUCCGACCACGUCUGAACACGGCCUACGGUCACUGGCAUCUGGCAGCAGAUCAGUUCGGCAAUAUCCAGGCACUCAAGGGUCUACUGCAUUCCUUCGCUUCGGAAGUGAGACAGGCAGCGCAUUUUCCCGCGCUCGCCGACGCGGUGUUCGUGGUCACCAUGCCCGCUCUCUCCGCUCUUCAGCACUUACAGGUCGACGAACAUCUCGCCCGACAGAUCACCACGCUGAUAGCGAUCGCGUUGCCAUAGCGCCAAACUUUCUCCCCAUGCUUGGUGGUAGCGAAGAAGGCAGAGAGUCGGGCUCCGUCGGCGGAGUGCACGCCACCUCCGAGACUGACGACGACGAUCAAGACGUGCUUGAAGCCGACUUUCAAAAUGAGUUUGACGCGGAUGGAUCCUCAAGCUCGCACUUGUCAUGGUAUUCGACCCGCGAAAAACUUUACGAUCGCGGCGAUCACGCAGACUUUGAGGAGGAUCACUAUUCAGUGCCCGAGGAAGGCGACGAUCCGGACUUCGGUGGCGCUUACUCCAGGCCUUCUGCCGCUUACGUAGCGCGGCAUCAUCGCUUCAACCCAGAUGCCUCUGUCUCCGGCUGGGCUUCCCGAACCAGCGCAUCCGACACUACAGUUUCCAAACGACAUCGCAGACGCUCGCUCUUUGGCUCAAAUCUGCCAACGUCAGAUCGAGCCAUCGAGGUUGACUCAGAAUGGGACACCGAGACCUCCUCACGAGGUUCGCUAAGUUCGAAACCCGCCUUGAUCAGCCAAUCUGAGGACCUCGCUCGUUCCUCUGCAACGCUGGACGAGCUCCACUCUGAGCUGGUCGACGUCUUGGAAUGUCAAUUGUGCUAUCUGCUGCUGCACGAGCCUCUCACGACGCCUUGCGGCCACACCUUCUGUCGGACUUGCUUUGCCCGAAGCCUGGACCACAGCAGCAGUUGUCCGCUCUGUCGCGCUUCGCUUCCGGCCUUUUCAUUCUUCCAGGACCACCCGCCCAAUCACACUCUGCUCACGCUUCUGACUUCCUCGUAUGCCAACGACGAAGAUUUGACGAGACACAGCAAGCUUCUAGAGCCCGCAGCAAAAGCCUCAACGGAUGUGAAGCUGCAAGCUGCUGUCGAUUGGGCCUCGCUUCCACCAGACAUUCGCGGUCUUCAGCGCCUGUACACUGAGCGAAAGACAGCUCUGGAGCAAGAAGAGCGCGAAGCUCGCCUAUCCACCCCCAUCUUCGUCUGCACUGUGGGCUUCCCAGAGAUGCCCACUAUACUGCACAUUUUCGAACCACGGUACCGUUUGAUGAUCAGACGCUGCGUCGAGAGCGGCAAUCCGAGGUUCGGGAUGGUUUUGCAUUCACGCGACUCGCCGGGAGGGAUGAGCGAGUAUGGUACCAUGCUGGACAUUAAGAGCGUCCAGAUGCUGCCCGACGGUCGCUCGAUGAUUGAGACGGUGGGCUCGGAUCGCUUCCGUCUUCACGAGAUGGGAUCGCUAGACGGCUACAUCGUUGGCCGAAUCGAAACCGUCAGCGAUUUUGGCGCCUCGCAAGAACAACAACUGGAGCAAGCAGCUAUGGCUCGCAAUGCUGCCAAGGACCGUGCGGAAGCCGAGCAUGGCGCGCAAGAGGCCACCUCUUCGUCUCGACAGGAACGAUCAAGCGUCCCACCAGAGGUUCCUGAAGCAACUCAAGCGGAGGACUUUAUCGUUCAGCCCGAUUACGAGGCGACAGAGUUGGCUCAGGUCGGACUGCCUCCGCUCGAAGCGCAUCAACACGAGCCUUCCACGGCGGAGAUGAUCGCGACGUGCAUGACUUUCAUUUCUGAAUUGAGAUCAGGCACCGCGCCUUGGCUAGUCACGCGCAUCAACCACACCUACGGACCGAUGCCAGAUGUGCACGAAGUAGCGAAGCUCAGCUUUUGGAUGGCUUUGGUCAUGCCCAUAGACGAGCACGAAAAGGCUAGGCUCUUGCCCAUUCGCAGUCCACGCAUCCGUAUGCGAGUCGUAGUCUACUGGAUCGAGCAGCUAAGAAGCACGUGGUGGUACUCAAGUGGUUGCUCGGUGUCAUGA